CUUUUGGCAUAACGCGUGAUGUUGAUCGAAUUUCGCGAAUAAUAAUUAAUGCACAUAUAUUUUGCACAUACAUAGUUAAUGAAUUCCAAAUCAAGAAAGUGUGCGAUUAUUUAUUUAUUAUUAUGCAAGUUUCAAGCGGUUCCUUUCCACUAGGACCGAUUAUUUUGCCAAAAAUCGUGAGUGACGUCACAAUCUAUCGUUAGGUGAACUGUCAACAGAAAUGGGAACAGCUAGUAAAGUGAUUUUAAGUAAAAAAAAAUAAAUUCGUUGGAUUGUUAACGUUUAAAUCUGCAUUUACGGUAAACUUAUGAAUAAAAUAAAACAGUCGUUUGGUUACGUCUUAUUGCAAAGGGAAAUCAAUCGAGGUCCUGUUAAAUGAAAGUUGAUAAGUUUACUGCUAGGUUAGCGCUUAAAAGAGUUGUGCACAUUUGUGUUUUUUAUAACUAUUAUUAUCAAGAUAUUGUCAGUAUCAAGAGUAUCAACUAUUUAUCGUAGAAAGUUCCAACACAACAUAAAAACACCAAUAAAAAAAUGAGUGAUAGUUAACCUCCAAAAAGUGACUUGUUUACGAAAAAUUAUUUCUAAAAGGCAAUAAGCUCUAUGGUUAAAGAUGUUACACAUUUAAAAAAUAAAGUUAAAUAAAAAUUAAAAAAUGUCCUCCAACGCAACACCUUCGGAUAAUGUUAAUCCACAAAAUGUGCACAACCGCAACAGAUUAAGAAACAACAACAACCAAAACCCCGCUUUUAAUAUGCGCGACCAAUUAUUUCGUACCAUAUUCUUCAGAGUAGCCAUUAUGUACGCUAGGUCAUUUCCAAAACCUGUACGAAGACUUCUUGAAUUUAUAAUCCUUGUGAAGGCAAUUGCAGCCUUUUUUGUGUUAGUAUACAUACAUAUGGUGUUUACAAAAACACCGGCUUCUUGCCUCAAUCAUGUUAAGGAUACAUGGCCUCGAGAUGGAAUAUUACGUGUUGAAAUUUUGGAUGCUUCAAGGAGUGGUAAUCGCGAACGAAGAGAGCAAUUACAAUCUGAUGUGGAUUUUAAUAAUUAUUUUUUGGAUAGAGAUGGGUUUGUGGCAAUUGAUCCUACAGCAGUUGAGGAAAGUAAGAAAGUCACUGAACCGCUUUCUAAAACAAAUAAUAUAAAUAAUGAAAAUAAAUUCCAUUCAAAAGAUUAUACAAAACUAGAUAGUAAAGGUCGUAAUGUACUCAGUGAUUGGCAAAAACUUAAAACUUUAACUGAUGAUUAUGUAAGGAAAAAAGAAGAACAAUUACAAAUAAGCAAAAGAUCCAUAAUAACGCCAACAUCGGAAAUUAAUUUAUCCUCCUCAUUGUUUGAUAAACCAACUGGGAAUGUCUAUGAUGAGGAGCAAUCUGAAUCUAUUGGAAAAAAAUCUAAUAAAGACGAAUAUAUCGUUGAGUAUUCAUUAGAAUAUGGAUUUUUAAGAUUAAGUCUUGCUGCAAGGCAAAGAUUGAAUGUACCUGUACAAACCGUCGUGUUAGAUCCUUGGAAGGACGAAUGUUUUGGAGAUUAUUUCACUCGGUUUAUGUUAUCAGAAUUUUUGGGGUAUGAUGAUAUAUUGAUGUUGUCAAUUAAACCUCUUGCAGAACAAGAAAAAAAUAAAGGAUUUUUAAGAAAUGUUGCUACUGGGGAACAUUUUAGAUUCGUUAGUAUGUGGAUGGCGCGAACUUCUUAUAUUGCAGCUUUUUUCAUCAUGAUUGUGUUUACGGUUUCUGUUUCACUUCUACUUCAUUAUUCUCACCAUCAAAUCUUUGUUUUUAUCGUUGAAGUUCUGCACAUGAUUGAAUAUAACGUCCCAAUAACGUUUCCAGCAGCUUCGUUGUUGACCGUUAUUUUGGCGCUAGUCGGAAUGGAGGCGAUCAUGUCUGAAUUUUUCAACGAUACCACAACGGCUUUUUAUAUCAUACUUAUCAUUUGGGUGGCAGAUCAAUUUGACGGUAUUUGCAGUUAUACUACCAUCACCAAGCGGCAUUGGCUACGGUUCUUCUACCUGUAUCAAUUCACAUUCUACGCUUAUCACUAUCGUUUCAACGGUCAAUACAGCGGAUUAGCAUUGGUUUGUUCUUGGUUAUUUAUUCAGCAUUCUAUGGUAUACUUUUUCCAUCACUACGAGUUGCCGGCGAUCUUGCACCAGGCGCAGAUUGAACAGGUGUUGCGACAAACAGCUCAGAGCGAAACCAGGAUUGUCGCGGGAUUCGCGAACCCGUUGGCCGUACGUCUGUCUCAACUAGUGUCCGCCGUGAGGUCAUCAGCGACCACACAGACCACAAACAGUGUCGCCGAGGCCACCACGUCCACGUCGACAACGCAUAUGUCCACUGUUGGUACGUCCGCGCAACCGAUCACCUCAACCCAAACGAGCCAAACAACACCUGCCUCGGUCGAAUUUGGACAGCAGACUUCACCCUUGACAUCGACUACGGCAGUGGCCAGCCAGACAACGGAUAGACCAUCGAUACGGCCGAGCGGUGGUUCCGAUGAGCCUUAGCCAAUCGAGGAGUUUAAAUGUUAUUAAAUAUUAUAUUAUUUAUAGUAAAUAAAAAAUUUAAAUUAUGGCCAAACGAAGACGCAAGAAGAACUUUAGUAGAUCUCGGCACGUUGGUUUGCGUUCGUAGACGUAGAUCGAUUCGAGUUUGCUAGCGGCGACAGAGCGAUGAUGCGAAACGUUUUAAAAAAACUCCUUUUUAUUCAGGUGGAUGUUCGAUUUCACUUUGUUUUUAACUUGUAUGCUUUAUAAGGUAGAUUAUGCGCGCUUAAAAAAAAGCGUUUACUCUGGUUUUUAGUUUGUAAAUAAAUUGAUAUACAAUCGUUAUUGA